AGUAAGAUCAGGAUCAGCUGUUUCGGUCUGUCGGGCUCUUUCUUCACUCGACUCGUUCUGUCUGUCAGAUCCAACAUGGCGGCUUACACAGCUUCACGUGAGCUCUUGACAGAGGGGAGUCCCGCGGUGCUGAACACCUGGCCGGUCUACCAGAUCGCGGUGGAUAAUGGCUUUGGAGGCGUGUACGGGCAGCAGAAAGCUGAUUGGAUGGUGUAUGUGGUCCAGCAGUAUUUCCAUGACAACGCUGACCUGCAGCAGUUUGAGGUCGAGGACUUCAUCGCUCAGCUGAUGGAUCAGGAGUUUGACACAGUGGUGGAUGAUGGGAGUUUACCUCAGGUGUCUGUCAGUCUCCUGCAGGUGUUCUCUCAGUGGCAGCAGGGGGCGCUGCAGCAGCUCAAACUCACCAUCAGCAGUCUGACACAGAAGGCAGGUCAGAGGGCGAAGGUCACGGCCCCACCCACAGCAGCGGAUGACGACAGUGAUGAUGAAACACAGGUGAUGGAGUCUGAAUCCUCCAGUCCAUCAGUCAGCAGGAUGGAUGCAGAUCCUUGUCCACGUUCUCAGGAUGAAAAGGACGGGUGGACGGUGGUCCGCAAGAAGAAGUGAAGAAGAGGACAAAGAGUAGCAUGAACUGUUGAACAGCUGACCUUUGACCUUCAGGAUGAGACCGAAACAGACUCAAUGUAUUUUUAAAGGAAGACUAACUCAGCUGCUGUGGUGUCUCCAUGACAACGGCGUCAUUGAACCAGAGUCAAUUGGUUUUCUGUUUUUUUUAAAUUAAAUCUGUUGAAGCUGA